GACAAAGUUCAGUUGUCACAGUGGCGAAGACAAGGGCGUUUUCUGCUAAACAUAUUUGGAUCUACAGACAAGCAUGGCUGCAUGGGACUUGACUGUAACCGUGGAGGAACUCGGUCCGGAGGCCCCUCCUCUCAAAGUUAGCGUGACCUCUGAUCUUCAUAUCGGUGGAGUCAUCGUCAAGAUCGUGGAGAAAACACAGAUAAAGAAGGACUGGUCAGACCACGCACUUUGGUGGGAGCAGAAGAAGCAGUGGGUCCUGCGGCCGUCCUGGACGCUGGACAAGUGCGGGAUCCACGCUGACGCCCGGCUCAACUUCAUGGCCCAGCACAAGCCCCUGAGGCUGCGCCUGCCCAACGGGGCCACCGUCCGACUCCGGGCCACCUUCUCAGCGCCAGUGUUCCGCUGCAUCAUGGGCAUCUGCCGAAUACUGAAUAUCCGUCGUCCUGAGGAGCUGUCCCUGUUGAGGCCCUUGGAGGAGAAAAAGAAGAAAAAAGACAAAUCACCAGAGAAGGUGUAUGACAUCACUGGUGCCCCAGUCUCCCCAGACUCUAUGCUCACUCUAUCAAAUGGGAUGCCUGCUCACUUUGCGCAGUCUGCAGAGUAUGAGACUGUGUAUAAGAUGCUGUCUAUAAGCCAGCCAGCACCCGCCCCGGAGACCAUCGCAAAGAAAUAUCGAUCGUCCAAUGUUGUGGAGAAAGCUCAAGUGAAUAGCAGAUGGUUGGACUCAUCUCGCUCUCUGAUGCAGCAGGACAUCAAUGAAGAUGACAAGCUGAUCCUGCGUUUCAAAUACUACACUUUCCAUGACAUGGAACCCAAGACGGAUGCAGUUCGUCUAACACAGCUGUAUGAGCAAGCUCGAUGGGCCAUUCUGCUGGAGGAAAUAGACUGCACUGAAGAAGAGAUGAUGCUGUUUGCAGCACUUCAGUACCACAUAGGAAAGGUUUCUCUGACAGACCCUCAGCUUACAUCAUCUCCAGCAAUGGACGAUCUGGACUCUGCACUCCAGUGUCUCGAGCUGAAACUGGACGAGGAGAGCGGCAGCAGUGGAACAGACAUGCUGGAUACCAUGGCACCUGCUCCAGAACUUCAUGAUUAUUUGAAGAUCUUCAGGCCAAAGAGACUGACUCUUAAGGGCUACAAGCAGUUCUGGUUUACCUUCAACGACACGUCAAUCUCAUACUACAAGAGUAAAGAGGAGAGCUCCAGGGAACCCAUUCAGCAAAUGAACCUGAAAGGCUGUGAGGUGACUCCUGAUGUUAGCAUAGCAGGCCAGAAGUUUUGUAUAAAGCUGCUGAUCCCUGAACCUGAUGGGAUGAAUGAGGUCUAUCUACGGUGUGACAAUGAGCAACAAUAUAGCAAGUGGAUGGCCGCCUGUCGUCUAGCCUCUAAAGGGAAGACUCUAGCAGACAGCUCUUACUCCGGUGAGGUGGAGAGCAUUGAGUCCUUCUUAGCCAUGCAGCGGACCAACCCUGGGGCCGCCUCUGCACAGACCGAUGAAAGCAUCAACACACACAGUUUGGUAUCUCCACGAUACCAAAAAAAGUACAAACCAAAACAGCUAACCCCUCGAAUCCUCGAGUCCUAUCAGAAUGUUGCACAGCUCUCAUUAACAGAGGCAGUUCAGAAGUUUCUUCAGAUCUGGCAAGCAUUGCCAGACUUUGGAAUCUCAUAUUUUGUAGUGAGAUUUAAAGGCUGUCGUAAGGAUGAAGUCCUUGGAGUUGCCAACAAUCGCCUAAUACGCAUUGACCUCAGUGUAGGAGAUGUGGUGAAAACAUGGAGAUACAACACCAUGAGGCAGUGGAACGUCAACUGGGACAUCCGUCAGGUUGCCAUCGAGUUCAACGGAAAUGUAAACAUUGCAUUCAGCUGCGUGACUGCUGACUGCAAGAUUGUGCACGAGUACAUCGGAGGCUACAUCUUUAUGUCUACUCGCAGCAGAGAGCCUGGUGACACUCUCAAUGAGGAGCUCUUUCACAAACUCACAGGAGGCCAUGAAGCACUCUGAAGGCCCUGAUACAUGAACAUGACUGUUAUUUUCUCAUAUCAGUAUUACAGAGAAUGGCUUGGUGUAACAACUCAGAGCCUCCAGCCAUAUUUUUAUGUGGUAAAUUAUUUUGUACAAUAGUAGUUCCGAUUCAUCUUGAUUGAUCUUGAUUCCACUUUACAUCUGAGAGAGGAAAUGGUGCAAGAUUUCUUUAAUUCAGCUUUGUUCAGCUGGAAAAAUGCAGUUAUAAUGCUAAACAACAGGGCACUCAAAUUGUAUGAAGAAAAUGUCCACUUAAAAUGUACACAUAAACCGUAUUCACAUACUCUGUAGGAUA